CUGCACCUCCCCGGCAGCAGCAGCCCACAAGCCACAUUGUAUCACUUGAGGACCAUCUCCUCAUCCCCACCCUCCAUUGCUAUCGGUUCCUUCUCUAAGAGCAUGUGCUUUUUUUUUCCUUUUUUUUUCUUUUCCUUUCCCUUCCAGACCAUAUUAUCUUCCUCAGAAGUGAAGGCGUGGGUAGGGUGUCCUCAGCUUGACCUGCAGCCAAAGGACUGGGGGGGGUCCUUUUCUGUACCAUGAGCGGGACAGCAUUGGUGGCGAUGGAGGAUCCUCGGCCCUGGGGAAUGUCAGCAAAACGAGUCCUCAUAGUCUAUGCGCAUCAGGAGCCCAAGUCCAUGAACGGAUCCUUGAAGGAUGCCGCUGUGACCGAGCUGACCAGUCAGGGCUGCCAGGUCACUGUGUCUGAUCUGUAUGCCAUGAACUUUGAGCCAAGGGCCACAAAGAAAGAUUUUGCAGGUCCUUUGAAUAACUCAGACUUCUUCAAUUAUGGGGUAGAGGCACAUAUGGCAUACAAGAAAGGAUUUCUGUGCAGUGAUAUCAUUGAAGAGCAAAAGAAGGUACAAGAAGCUGAUUUAAUCAUAUUUCAGUUUCCCUUGUAUUGGUUCAGCGUGCCCGCCAUCAUGAAAGGCUGGAUGGACAGAGUCCUUUGCCAAGGAUUUGCCUUCGAUUUUCCAGAAUGUUUUGAUAGAGGCUUCUUUCAGAACAAACUUGCCCUCAUUUCAUUCACCACUGGGGGUGAUGCUGAGUUGUACUCCAAAACAGGGCUCAGUGGAGAUAUUAAAUACGUGUUGUGGCCCCUACAGCAUGGUGUGCUGCAUUUCUGUGGUUUCAAAGUUCUGGCCCCUCAGGUCAGCUUUGCUCCUGAAUUCUCAUCUGAAGAUAAGAGAAAGGAGAUGGUGGCAACUUGGGCAAAGAGACUGGAGACCAUCUGGAAAGAGAAGCCCAUAAACUGCACUCCCUCCUGGUACUUUGAAUAAUAACAUCUUGUGUUAUGGACAGUGUUCUUUCCCUUUUUUGAAGUUGUGAGUAGCUAAUGCUCCGGAGACAGUUUGUUAUAAACAAUAAAGAUACAAAGUGAA